AGCCCCGAGAGGACAUCUGCUCACUCUCUCCAGAAUGGGAAAGAUCACCUUCUUCGAGGACCGGGCCUUCCAGGGCCGCUGCUACGAGUGCACCAGCGACUGCCCCAACCUGCAGCCCUACUUCGGCCGCUGCAACUCCGUCCGCGUGGACAGCGGCUGCUGGAUGCUCUAUGAGCGCCCCAACUACCAGGGCCCCCAGUACUUCCUGCGGCGCGGCGAGUACUCCGACCACCAGCAGUGGAUGGGCCUCGGCGACACCGUCCGCUCCUGCCGCCUCAUCCCCCCGCACUCCGGCACUUUCAGAAUGAGAAUCUACGAGAGAGAGGACUUCAGGGGACAGAUGUCGGAGAUGACAGACGACUGCCUCUCUGUCCAGGACCGCUUCCACCUCACCGAAGUCCACUCCCUCAACGUGCUGGAGGGCAGCUGGAUCCUCUACGAGAUGCCCAGCUACCGGGGAAGGCAGUUUCUACUGAGGCCGGGGGAGUACAGGAGAUUUCUUGACUGGGGGGCCACAAGUGCCAAAGUUGGCUCUUUCAGACGGGUCAUAGAUUUUUACUGAAGUGCACGUUUUCCACUUUUCUCCCUUAGAAUCUAAUAAAAUAUUUAGCUUGUGUUUCUGGCA